AUGGAACCGGCAGAGACAGAGGGGAUCGAACCGGCGGGGAUGGGGAAUGAGGAGAUGGAACCGGCAGAAACGGAGGGGAUCGAACCGGCGGGGACGGGGACAGAGGGGAUGGAACAGACGGGGACGGAGGCAAUGGAGCCGGCCGGGCUGGAACCGGCUGGGCUAGGGACGACGGAGACAGAGGGGACAGAACCGGCGGGGAUGGGGACGGAGGCAAUAGAGCCAGUCGGGCUGGGGACAGAAGGGAUAGAACAGGCGGGGAUGGGGACGGAGGGAAUGGAGCCGGCCGGGCUGGAACCGCCGGAGAUGGAGCCGGCCGGGCUGGAACCGCCGGAGAUGGAGCCGGCCCGCGAGGCGGAGGAGCCGCCGGGGUCCCCGGCGCUGCCCGCUGAGGCCCUGCAGGGCGGCCCGCCCGCCGCGGCGCCCUCAGGGGAACGGGAGCGGGAGCGGGGCCGGUGCGGGCCCGGCCCGCAGGGCUCGGCCGGGCGGGCGGCGCGGGGCAGGGCCCGGCGGGCCUCGGGCCGCCGCAGCGGGGGCGAGAGGAGCCGGCGGCCCGGGGUCACGGUGGACAGCUCCAAGGCCAAGACCUCUCUGGAGGCCCUGAAAAUCAGCCUGCGGCAGCUCCGCUGGAAGGAGUUUCCCUUUGGGCGCCGCUUGCCGUGUGACAUCUACUGGCACGGGGUGUCCUUUCAUGACAACAACAUCUUCUCAGGGCAAGUCAACAAGUUCCCAGGCAUGAUGGAGACGGUUCGGAAAAUCACCCUGAGUCGGGCCAUGAGAACAAUGCAAGAUCUGUUUCCUCUGGAGUACAACUUCUACCCUCGGUCCUGGAUUCUGCCAGAAGAACUGCCCCUCUUUGUGGCUGAGGUUCAAAUGAUGAAGGACAGCAACCCCUCCUGGAAGCCCACGUUCAUAGUGAAGCCUGAUGGGGGCUGCCAGGGGGAUGGAAUCUACCUCAUCAAAGACCCCAGCGACAUCAGGCUGACCGGGAGCAUCCCGAGCCGGCCCGCCGUGGUGCAGGAGUACAUCUGCAAACCCCUGCUCGUGGACAAACUCAAAUUUGAUAUUCGUCUCUACGUCCUGCUGAAAUCCUUAGAACCCUUAGAGAUUUAUAUAGCCAAAGAUGGACUUUCUAGGUUUUGUACAGAGCCCUAUCAAGAACCCACUCUCAAAAAUUUGCACCAGGUUUUUAUGCACUUAACCAACUAUUCACUGAAUAUUCAUAGUGGGAAUUUCAUCCAUUCUGAAAGUGUAAACACUGGCAGCAAGAGGACUUUUUCAAGCAUUCUGUGCAGACUGUCUUCCAGAGGAGCUGAUGUCAAAAAGCUCUGGUCAGAUAUCAUUUCAUUGGUGAUUAAAACAAUUAUUGCACUGACACCAGAACUGAAGGUUUACUAUCAGUCUGACAUACCAGCAGGAAAGCCUGGGCCAACUUGCUUCCAGAUUUUAGGGUUUGACAUUCUCCUGAUGAAAAACUUGAAGCCCGUAUUACUGGAAGUAAAUGCAAACCCCAGCAUGAGAAUAGAACACGAGCAAGAGCUUUCUCCUGGAGUAUUUGAAAAUGUCCCAAGCCCUGUUGAUGAAGAAGUGAAAGUUGCUGUCAUCAGAGACACUCUGCGGCUGGUGGACCCUCAGAAAAAGAAGAGGAAAGAUACUCAGUGCCAGGGCGUGGAGCAGGCGCCGGAGGCGGGCGAGGAGGCGCCGGAGGCCGCGCUGCCCUCGCUGUGCCUCAAGCAGGUGUUCCCCAAGUACGCCAAGCACUUCAGCUACCUGCGCCUCGUGGACAGGGUGGCCGCGCUCUUCAUCCGCUUCCUCGGGGUCAAAGGCACCACCAAGCUGGGCCCCACGGGAUUCCGCACCUUCAUAAGAAACUGUAAACUGAGUAACAGCAAUUUUUCAAUGGCUGCUGUAGAUAUCCUAUAUAUUGAUAUCACAAGGAGGUGGAACAGCAUGGGCAUUGACCACAAGGAAUCUGGUAACCCAGGAAUGUGUCUGCAAGCCUUUGUGGAAGCUUUCUUCUGCCUGGCCCAGAGGAAAUACAAGUCGCGGCCGCUGCACGACCAGGUGUCGUCGCUGAUCGAGCUGUGCGAGUGCCGCCUGUCCGCGCUGCGCGGCGAGCGCCUGGUGUGGGGCUGCGGGCUGGGCCGGCGCCGCGGGGCCGCGCCCGGCGCGGGCAGCGCGCCCGGCCCCGCCGCGGGCAGCCCCCCGCAGCCCCGCGGCCACAAAUCGCCGCAGCUCAGGGCGCUCAUGUGCCGCGACAGGAGCGGGAGUUAAUCCCCAGCCAGGAAAUGACCCAUGACUUCCAUGACCACACACUUCUUGUGGGGGCUAAGCAGAACAUGAGACUGGCUGGAACGACAGGAAUAACUUGGAACUUCAGGGCUGUUGAGUGAAAUUCUUUUGAGUGGUCUUCAAUUUAUUACAAUAAUGAAUGGCUACACCUGAGCUUGAUUUUCCUCCUUUGUUCUACUCUUUAAUGUUAACUUGGCUUAUGUUUUAGCAUCCUCCAUGCUAUCAGAAAUGGAAAAGCUGUAGGAUGGGCAGUGAGCUUUAGGUUGGAGAACGUGCCCUGAGCUCCGUGUCAAAAUAUUCCAGUGGCUGGUGCCCCUGAAACGUGCUGUGUCACUGAGGGGAGUCCACCUGUUUGAUGUCAGGAACUAAACGCACACACGGUAUCGAGUGAGUUUUCAGGGAAUGUUUGUAGAGUUUUUUCCUGAUUUCAGUUUUAAGCAGCAUGUGUUUUUCCCCAAGUGGCAAUAGCAGCAUGGCAAUGCAAUACAGGAGUCAGGCUGAGCCCACACAAAACUAGUCCCCAGCAUGUGUUAAUCUCAGAUGUGGGCAUCCCUUCUCCUUAUCUUUUUCUGUAACACAAAUAAAAUAGUAGUAGAUGAUCUUUUUUAGUUCAAUGGCCAGACUCUUUGAAAUUUUAUGUAUUGUACAUAAGAGGACAAUUGUAGACUAACUAAUGCCACUGCCCUCAGCCUUGUUCAAAUGUUGUAAGGAUUAUUGCAGUAUGAAGAUAAAAUGCCGAACUCCAAGGUCUGGCACCUGUCAGAACAAAUGAAGCUGAAAGGGUCAUUUUUUUCACACUUUCAUUGUAAUAUAUUUGAAGACAUUCACAGGCUGAAAAAUGGUUACUUCUCCUUUUGUGACAUCUGACAUUUGUCUUGCGAUUGGCAGUGUGUUACUGGAAAAUAGCUUACAGUUCCUCUCAUCUCAUGAUUGAUGUCCUGUAAAGACAGAGUUAUAGAGGAGUUGGAUUUGAAAUGCUAUGACUGCGAAUGCCUUUCCUUGCACCUUUGAAGCAGUACGAUGUGUGGCCCAAAAUAUCCCAGGUUUGCAAUUGUAUAACUUACCCUGAUAUCAGUGGAAUAAAUUAACUAUUGUAUAUUGAACACUGAUAAGAUCUCUCUCUCUCUAUGGGAGACCUUUAUACUCUCUGGAUCUAAUAGAGGUUUUUCUAGCUGGUGCAUCCACAGGCUGAUGCUGCACGCCCUAUUCAUCUCCCACUUCAAAUAUGAAGGGUCCCUUGUAGAAUAGUCAAAAUAUUCAAUUAUCUGCCUCUAGUAAUCCAGUGUUCAUGUAUUUAUAUAAUUGGAAAAUUGAAUGCCCUAUUAUUCUCGGGGGGAGGGAGGGAAUAAACCAGGAAUGUACUUUAGAAAUUUAAUGGCAGUCACAUUUCUCUUCCCUCUUGUCUAAUUCAAUUUCCUCUGAAUAUUAUUUAGCAUCCAAUUUCAUAGAGCCUUUAAGUUACCAGUCUGUGCCCAUGCAAAUGACUGGAGACACUUUAUCCAGGAUAUGAAUGCUAAUGCACUGAUAAUCUGUUAAUCCUGAGGUACCUCUCUGGCUAAAGAAACAAUACAGGAAAGGCGUUGGAUUUUUAACAGCACUUUUGUAUAUAUUCUCUUCGGAGAAUAUCACAGCACUGCACUCAUGAUUCUAUUUAUGACAUAAUAUGAUAUGAAUAUUGUAUACCAGUGAAAUCCUUCUUGUUAUCAGACACACCGGGUCUGGUAUUCCUCUCUGGGUAGAAAUCAGAAUAAAACAACAUCUAACGAAAAUUUGAGGCAAAUGAGUCC